GGAGAGAGCGGAGGGAGCGCUUAAUAAAGGAGGGAGGGAAAGUAAAUACAAAGCAUUUGUGGAUUAUAAAGAAAAACAUUCUUUAUAAUAAUCUCUCGAUAAUUUAGCACCGCGAGGACUGUGGGGAGAAGGGUGGAUCGGUCUUAGCCACAGUUGGGAAGUUGGGAUGGUGUAGUGGAGGGUGCAAGUCCAGAGGAGAGGAGCUUCAAGCUGAAGAUGCAGGUGUCAGCAUGGCUGCUGUGGGUGGCAUGGCUGUGUACCUGGGCCGAGGCGGCGCGCCAUUGCCAAUGCCAGUGCGCAUGCCUACCUGACGAGCAGGUGGCACAGAGGUCAGAGGGAAGAGGGCACCUUCGCCAUCGUCUGGCACACCAGCGGGCAUCACACAGGGAGAGGGCCCAUCGCAGGAAAGGUUCCAGGCUCCUUUCAGAUAGUGGCCUUCCACGUAUUGUCCACCAUCCCUCUGAUGUGGUGGUCCGGGUGGGCAACCCGGCCACGCUAUCCUGCAGGGCAGAGGGCAACCCUGAGCCCACCAUUGAGUGGCUCAGAAAUGGCCAACCCCUGGACAUAAACAAGAUGGAUGCGCAAUCACAGCCUAUCGUUUUACCAGAAGGAAGUUUGUUCUUCUUCAGCGUCGUCCCUGGCCGAAAGAGUCAGUCCCAUGAAGCCGUGUAUGCCUGCGUUGCUCGGAACAGUGUCGGGAUUGCGACCAGCAGAAACGCCUCUCUUCAUAUAGCAGCUCUGCGGGAGGACUUCCGUGUGCAGCCCAGUGGCGUGGAGGUGGUGGUUGGUGAGGUUGCUGUGAUGAAUUGCAGCCCACCCGUGGGACAUCCUGAGCCCAACGUCACCUGGAGGAAAGAUGGGAUCCCCAUCAACAGCAGCAAUGAACAUUAUAGUGAACUGAAUGGCAAACUGAUAAUUGCUCCAGCCCAGAAGAAUGACUCUGGAGUUUACAGCUGUAUAGCCUCAAACAUAGUUGGAGUGAGGGAAAGCCGCGCCGCUCGGCUGUCUGUAUUAGCUAAGCCAAUGUUAUUGCGUAAACCAGAGGAUGUUUCAGUGCAGCUUGGGGAGUCAGCACAGUUUUACUGUGAGGCUGACGGAGACCCCAUGCCUUCCGUAGAGUGGAGCCGAGACCAAGGACCUCUACCCAAUGGCAGGUAUUUAAUCAACCCAGACCACAGUUUGCAAAUCCACUAUGUGACGGCUCAGGACAUGGGCAGGUACACCUGCACAGCAGAGAAUAAGCUCGGGGUGUCUGUGGCCAGCGCACAGCUUCUUGUAGAGGAUACAGGAAGCACUAGACUGCGAGACCUACACAAGGAGCUGUCUGCCUUACGUGUGAGCCUGGAGAACGUCACAGUUAUGAGCACAGCCUCCAACAUGUCUCAAGUCAUGUGGAGGUUGCAGUCGUCUAUGUCACAGCCUCAUUAUCUUGAAGGCUUUGAGGUGCUGUAUCGCUCUCUCCUGCCUGCCAGCUCAGAGUGGACAGCUCAACGGGUUCCUCAGCCUGGCCUUCACACCCAUGUGGGACCUCUGAAGAGAGGCUACAAGUACGAGUUCAAAGUCCGACCCUACGGCGGGAGCCUGUACGGCAGGGAGAGCAACACCAGACACUUACGAGUGCCAGAGAUAGUUCCCAGCGCACCACCUCAGGAUGUGUCCAUAACAAUGCCCACUGACCGUAACGACACCGCGCACCUCAGCUGGGAUCCUCCCCCUCAUGAUGCUCACAAUGGGAUCAUUCAGGGAUAUCAGGUGUGGUGUGUGGAGUCUGAGGAACUGAAGUCUUUUAACUGGACAGUGGACAGUGGAACGCACAGUAUUGAGAUCAGCACGCUGCAGCCCGGCAGCCUGUACUGGGUCACAGUGGCUGCCGUAAACGGGGCGGGAGUGGGGGUCCAGAGCGACCCAUACAAACUGCUCAUAGAGUCGAAGCAGGAGUCGGCACCGCAUCAGACAGGCAUGCUCAGUAUGUCUCAUUUCCUCGCAGUGAUUAAAGAGCCGGUAUUCAUUGGAAGCGCUGGCACCCUCCUGUGGUGUGUUUUGAUGAUUACUGCCCUGUUUUUGUACAGGAGACAUGUCAGACCUGCUAACCUAAGAGGCAAAAGCUCAGGCUUAUAUAGACUGGAAAGUGAAGAUCUCAUUAUCAAACACAGAAUGGCGGCACCAGACUCUCCGUGGAUCUCUGGAGGCUGGAGGCCAGACUCCAGCAGUGAGCCCAAGCAGGGCCUUUGGACCCAGAAGCAGGACAACUCUGGCUUCCGGAGGACCACUCUGCCCAUUACGGCUAAAAAGGAGCCAAACCCCCUGCGGUCAGCCGUCCCCAUUGUACCAGACAACUGCGGCGUCUAUGGCACCUUUUAUGUGGAUCUAACCGGCAAUGGACUGAAGACGUUUAAUAGUCCGGGUCGCUGUCCCAGAAUGCCCCACGGCAACUCUCAACUGCAUAACUCGGAGACUGUUCGCAUCACCGAACCCAUCGUCAAAACCGCCGUUGUGAGGGAAGUGCAGGCAUUGCCAUGGAAACGUGCCCUCCCUUCCCAGCCCAACAUGGGAGUUCUAAAGGAAUCGUGGGAGAAAAAUCACAAGCGUGAGCUGCACAUGGUGAAAAGCGCCCCAUUAAUGCCCAUGAAUCAACACGCUCUGGCAGUGUGCAGUGUACCAAACAACCAUCAGCAGAGAUUCAGUCAGCACCCUGCAGGUGGUGUAUCAGAGCAUGUGAAGCUACCAAGUUCUCCACGUAUCCUGCAUUACUCCACCUCUCUGCAGCUGGUGGACAUGUUACCCAGCCCCCCGCCUCUUCCAGUGGAGGACAACCACAGCCUCAGCUCAGAGGACGAGUCGACCAGAUCCACCAAGCUGACGGUCGACAUCGGCUCUCAGCAGUCUGUGUGUGCCGCCUCUGGGCUCCAGGGUUUCACUACGACCACUACGGGCUGUCCGGCCCAGCUCAGCCCGUCCUAUAGCCACCUGUCCACUGCCUCCUUCUGUCUCUCCACCGAUGACUACCAGGACACCACGCUCAGUACUCAGGGCCACAGUCAGUACAUGGAGAUCAGCCCUAAACCACAGGGGCCGAGUUCUCCAUCAAUGCCCCGUCCAUUCUCUCCCACGCCCACGUUCGGUUACAUCUGCGGGCCCGUCGACAAGGAGAUGGAUGAUGAGCAGGGGUGCCAGCCGAUCGGACUCAGGGGAGCCACCCUGAGAAGCACGCCCUCCUCCUGUUACAGCGAAUGGGAGGGUUCGUUGUGGAACGGCUGGGGUUCGGUGUCCGAGAGCAACGCGGCGAGCGCUCGAACGAGCAUCAUCAGCUCUUCUGACUGCUCGUUCAUAAACGAUGCGAACUUUGCCCGCGUCCUGGCUCUGACAGCCGAGUCUAUGAGCGGUACUUUAUCAGAUUUCUCCCCGCCUGCAUCCCCCCUGAGUGUCCUGUUCCCCCCUCGAGAGUGUUUUGGAGAGCUGGAGCCGCUGCCCGUGUGGGACUGGAGCACCGCGUGGGUGGAGGAGCUGGAGGCCCAGUUCAAAGCCUCCAGAGAGACCAGGAGAACCGCCACAUCUAGCAGACACUCAGGCAUCGAGCACUGGAGAGGACAUCUGGAGACCCCCUCGCACCGAUGAUCGACUUGUACACGCUUACGGGCUGUUUAUGGACUACAUUUCCCUGCGUUCCUCAGGGCAACCCCCCUCUCCUUGUAGUUUUGUUGGUCUUGGGUUUGUAGCAAGGUCAAUUGAAUGGAAAAACACACCGCUGUAAGGUACAGUGUGUGCCGUGUACACCACACCAUAAUAAAGACUAUUGUACAGGACAUUCAUAUUUGGCAUUCGCAGACAUGUAAAUAAACCAGUUUUAUUUAAUAAACCUCCACAUACGCUUUUAUAAAUCAAAUACGCUUUUAUAUGACAGAGUUAUCUAAAAUACACAGGAGAUAUUAUACAAGAUGUUUUGUAUAUUAUUUUAUAAUUCAAACACAUUUCUUUCUUUAAAUUUUAUUUUAGUUAAGUUUGCAUUUAACCUGCUAUAUAAUGGAACAAUUUUAGCAACUUUAGAUUUUUUAUUGAUUAUUGGUAGUAUUUUUUUUGACUAGAAAUAUUGUCUUUUUUAUGCACGUCAAAUAUUCCUCACACUUGCGGCACUACUAAAAAGUCACAUUUUAGCUCAUUUUAUUUUUACUAAUUGCCUUUAAAAGUUAAUAAAUGAGUAUUUUAUCGCAAGUAUCUGCCUCUUGGAUGGAUCAGUGACAUAUGUUUGUGUUUGUUGCAUUUGUGACCUACUGUCUCGUAGUUAAGGGUGCACGAGAGGUCUGUCAAGAGAACAUGUACGGCCCUCCAGAGCUCUAAUCCUCACCGCAAGCCAGUAGGACCGAAUCAGACAACCCUAGACACCCGCUGGACACACACACACACACACAGACAGAGAAAACACAAGUGACCAUGGCAUGACUGCAGAGGGAUUAUCACUUGUCCCCUUCUCUCUCUCUCUCUCCCUACGGCCAUAUGCCUGGCACCAAACACACCUCCCCCAAUACACACUUUUAUGCAUGUGCACACAAACACACUACUUGGAUCUACAGCCUUGAAUUCGUGUAUGGCCAAAAAGGCAUCUUUUUAUAGCCUGCUGGUAAUCCUUUGACCCAGUUUGCCAUGCAUGAUGACCACACUAAAAUGUUUUCCAACUUUUGCUUCUCUUGUUUCUUUCUUUCAUUUGUCACAGCAGAGCACCCCAUAUUUGUCCCCAAGGAUUAUUUUUUGCAUUAAACAAUUCCUUCGUUAAUGCAAAUCUAAAAAAAAAAAAAUUCUCCUCCUGUUUUAUUGAAAAAUGAAUGUGCAAGAGAUUAAACGUGAAUUCUUUUUUUCAUUC